GUAAACCGCGUUGACGAUGUUUCGUAGUCGCCGAGUAGUCGUCGCGUCAACCACUUAGCACCAGCAUUUCUGUCACACUCGUUCUGGACUCGCGUUUUAGAGAAUUGCAGUCGGUUUCAGUAUUAUCAAGAACCGUUCGAACGAUAACUGUCAGUUUCAAUUGUCAAAAAGAAAUAUGUACCUACUCAACGUUGGUCAACCACAGUUUUUAUCAAAAUCUUUCUAAUUCGAGCUAAAUAAUAUAGCGGAUAAUGGAAUUGACCGGAUGACAAAAGAUAACUUGCAACGUUGGCUACUGAUAAAGGCGGCCCUAAAUUGAGCGGGAAGCUGACAACAAGUAGACUAGUAGACUAACAGGGAUUGAAUUUACAUAUUUUUGUAUACGCCAUGUGCAAUAACAAUAAGGAAAAUAAAAAUACAAUCUCCAGGCAUAGGCCGAUCAAAGUCACAACUAUCGGAGAUGGUACUGUAGGCAAAACAUGUAUGCUUAUUACGUAUACAACAAAUGAAUUCCCCUCGGAAUAUGUACCUACUGUCUUCGAUAAUUACGGAGGCACCAUUUACGUAGAUGGACAAGAAUAUGACAUGACUUUAUGGGAUACUGCUGGUCAAGAAGACUAUGAGCGAAUCAGACCUUUAUCUUAUCCAAAUACUGAUUGCUUCUUGAUCUGCUUUUCAGUGAAUUCUCGCACUUCUUACGAGAAUAUUGCAAACAAGUGGCAUCCAGAAAUUAAAUAUUAUUGUCCAAAUACACCCAUAGUACUUGUUGGUACUAAAGGAGAUCUUAGAAAUCAAGAAAACGCGGAUACAAUUACUUUCAAAGAAUGCAAAAGAAUGAAAAAAAAAAUAAAAGCUUAUAAAUACGUUGAAUGUUCUGCUCUGAAACGUGAAAACUUGGAAGAAGUUUUCACAGAGGCAAUUCGAGCGGUACUGAAAAAACCAUCGAGUAAACUUUGUUGUUCAUUUUGAAGAUUGGACUAUAAAAUAAUAUUUAUAACUAAUUAAUAGAAAAUAUCAAUUAAUAAUUAUAUUAAUAAUUUUAAUGUCUAAAAAUAUACACCGUUCCAAAGACUCUAUAGUUUUGCCAUGUUCUUAAAAGAUUUAAUAAACUGAUUACAGAUAAU